UGUAACAAAAUAACUUCCAGUUUAAUAAAUUGAAAAAUUAUAUUAAAUUAAAGUUAAAUAUGCUGCGCAAAGUCCCGCUAAUUGUGAUAUUGGGCUCAACGGGCACGGGGAAGACCAAAUUAUCACUUGAGCUGGCAGAGCGCUUUGGCGGUGAGAUAAUCAGCGCUGAUUCUAUGCAAGUGUACACCAAACUGGACAUAGCUACAGCUAAGGCAACGAAGGAGGAACAAUCACGUGUACGACAUCAUUUGCUGGAUGUGGUGACACCUGCCGAACCGUUUACAGUGACACAUUUUCGCAAUGCAGCGCUACCCAUCAUCGAGGAGCUGCUGGCCAAGUCCAAGCCGCCGAUUGUUGUCGGUGGUACCAACUAUUACAUAGAGUCAUUGUUGUGGGAUAUUUUGGUGGAAACAAAGCAACUGCAGGCGGACGCAAGCGAAAAUGCAGAACAUUUAACAGCAGAGCUCAUGACUGCAAUGACAACAGCUGAGCUACAUGAGUAUUUGAACAAAAUAGAUGCCAACAGUGCAAUACGCAUGCAUCCCAACAACAGGCGCAAGAUUAAGCGUGCUAUUGAAGUUUACCAAAGCACAGGACAAACGCUGACUGACAAGCUGGCGGAGCAACGACAGCAACCAGGCGGCAAUCGUCUGGGCGGACCACUACGCUAUCCACAUAUCAUAUUGUUGUGGCUGCGCUGUCAGCAGGAGGUGCUCAAUGAGCGACUGGACAAACGUGUGGAUGCCAUGCUGCAGCAGGGUCUGCUUCAGGAGCUGCGUCAGUUCCACAAUUGCUACGCUGGAGAUAAAACGGAGGAGUUUACCAAGGGCGUGCUGCAGACCAUAGGCUACAAGGAGUUUGUUCCGUACUUGAUGAAGUACGACGCGCAGCACGAUGAACGCGUGGUGGCGUAUUUAAGCGAGAACAACUAUGAGCUGCCUACACAGGAGCAGCUGUCUGAGCUAGAGAUAGUGCUAGCAAACUUGGCCGAAAGUUUGCAACUGCUAAGCAAGUGUUGUGAGCAGCUAAAGCUGGUGACGCGUCGCUACUCCAAGAAGCAGCUCAAGUGGAUAAACAAUCGCUUUUUGGCCAGCGCUCAACGUCAAGUGCCAGAUCUCUACGAGCUGGACACCAGCAAUGUGAGCGAUUGGCAUGAGGCGGUAUUCAAACGGGCCGAAUGCAUUAUAGACAGCUAUAGACAGCAUCAAAUCUGCGAGAUAAUGCCGAUGGCGAAACGUGUGCAUCCCGGUGGUGAACUCAAUGAGGAAACAAGCAAUUUUUGCAGCAUCUGUGAACGUCACUUUGUGGGCGAGUUCCAAUGGGGGCUGCAUCUCAAGUCAAACAAACAUAAACGACGUCGCGAGUCGCAGCGACGCGAGCAGCAGCGGGCAGCGAACGCUGAAGCUGAAGCUUGAGCUGCUGAUAAGCGGCUGUAAAAUGAGAUGGAAUCAGUUCAGUUUAGUAAUAAAUAAUGUUUACGUACAUAAACCUUUAAUGUGAUAUGUAUUUAUUUUUGCUUUAUUUGCUGAUGCAAGCGCAUCAGAUAACAUAAAUACAGUGGCGUAGUCAAGCAGGGAUUGCAUGAUUAAGUCUGGC